AUUUCUUGCUUGCUUUCCGUCAAAAAAGUAUUCAAGGUGGAAGUUGUGGACGCCAUUUCGUACAUCUCGUUUCGCUGUUAGCGUCACGAAAAUUUUCUCUUUUUACUUUAAUUUAAUUUCGCCAAAACGUCGCAGUCACAUCAUCAGAGGAGACUUUAAUAGACUAAUAUAAAAUGGUUUCAUCUAAUCAACCGAGAAAAACAAAAAUAUUUGUGGGUCGGUUACCAGAAAAUUGUCGCAACGAUGAGUUGCGACAAUUAUUUUUACGUUUUGGUGAGGUAACGGAAUGCGAUGUCAUGAAUCGGUAUGGGUUUGUCCACAUGGCACGCGAGGAAGACGCAGCUGCAGCGAUCAAAGCACUUCACAAUUCCAACUUCAAAGGAGCGACAAUCAAUGUGGAACAGUCAACUGGCAAAUCACGUGGCGGAGGAGGAGGACGCAGGGAUGGAGACAGAAGAGGUGGACCAAUGAGAGGUGGUAGGGGAGGACGAGACGGUGGUAGAGACGCUCGUCCGGGACCAUACAAUGAUAGAAGAGUUCUUCCGAUCCAACUCGUUGGUUACGAUGGAUCUGCUGCAGGUGGCGUCGCGUCGGGGUACACCGAUUACAAUCGUGGCGCUGGAGACUUUAGUGGACGUGGGGCUGACUUUGGGACUGGAUACACCGAUCGCGGAGCCUAUGGUCAAAAUGUUGGAAGCGCGGCUAUGGGCUACACAUCCACGGCGCAGGGGAUGGGAGGAGGAUACGGACCAGCGACGGGAGCUGUCGGAGGAUACGGACCAACCGGGACAGCUGACUAUGGCCGAACUGACUAUAGCCGCGCUGCUGACUUUGGAGCGAGGACAGAUUACGUAGUCGGAGGUGGUAUGACUGGUGAUUUUAAUCGUGGCGCACCGGGUCCGAUGGAUUAUGGUCGUACAGAUAAUUUUGGUGCAAAUCGCACAGUUGAUUAUACAGCUAGAAAUGAUUAUGAUCGAACCGCGACUGGGCCUAUGAGAAACGGCGGUGCUGCUGUUGCCACAACUGGAUAUGGUACAGGCUACACAGAUGUAGGAUAUGAUGAGAGCCACUGGGGUUAUCCGGGCGGGCCUGGGGAUAUGAUGGGUGGGCCCGGGGGGGUAAGUCAGGGAGCUUCGAUGGCCUACGACAGGAGGGAUGGUCCCCCUGUUAAUGAUAUGCCUCCAUUUAACAGGCCAAUGAGUACUGGACCCAGCUACAGCACUGGGGCACCUAGUUACAGUACUGGUCCUGGACCACAGGCAGACAUGUUCAGUAGAAGACCUGGCAGUGCUGUUCCCAGUGGUGGAUAUCCACCUGUUGGUGGAAGCUAUACUGAAGGGUACGACAGACCAGACGCAUAUGGUCCACCACGUGGCGGCGGACGCUUCCCAGGUCCGGCAGACGCGAUGCCACCGAGGUACUAAAAUCGUACUAAAGCGAAUCUAAGCGCAUGCGCAAGGCUCCCUUAAAACAAAAACAAAACAAAAUAAAAAAAAAUGCCUCUUUAGUGGUGGUCAUUCGCUUUACGGAAUCGAAUACCUAGGAACUGCCCUGCGUCCGACACACAGAGUCCAUACCAUUACAUACGAUACUAUGUAUAAUGAUAGAUACGAUAUAUAGAUCUAAAGUUUAACACGCUAACUUAAGGUACGGUAAGAAUAAGAAGCAGAUAAAUAUGAACAACACAAUGAAUAAAAUAAUGAAGCACACACAACCACGAUUAUUUGAAGAGAAAAGAGAAGAAGAUCGACGUGAACAUUAUAAACGUGGACUCAAGGGACUUUAUAUGUCGUUCAUUUUUUUUUCAGCAAAUAGUGGAUAUAUUAUUUUUGUGCGAUUUGUGUUCGUAGUUUUUUUUCCUAAAUAAUUUUUGUUUUUUUCUCUCGUAAUAGUACAACCCGGGUUUGAAACGGUGUGGGUUGAGUUAUCUUUUACGUAUCUUAAGUCACAUGAUUAUUACUAGGAUAAAAGAAUUUUUGUUAUAUUAGUUUAUAAUACAUAGCAUCAGCAAAGAGGGUGACUUAGGCUAUUAAACAAACAAAAAAAUUCUGUAUAAUCUUUUUUUUACACGUAAGAACUUGGAUAAUGUUUUAAAUGUUCAUUAAUAAAGCAAGGAAAUGUGUUUGCAGAAGUUGUCAAUGUACCUACGACGGAAUGAAAAAUAAAAUUCAACCGUAUAUGUAUCUUUACGUCUCUUAGCAGAAUGAUUUCAAGUACAUUCACCUCACUGCAGUUUCUUUAUACACAGACAUACACGUGCCUUCUUAUUCAUAGAAGCUUUCUUAACUUAUCUGACGUAUUGAAAGUAAUUUAAUUAGAAAUUUAUUUUAUCCUUUGCUUUUGACCGUCUAUACUAUUGCACUUCUAUUUAUGCUUUCUCAAGCAAAAUUCUCUAUUAAAAACAUUCUCUGUUCUCCGUCGAGAAUUACGACGCUGACUAAUUGAUUGUUUGAAUAAUGGAGCUCGCUGAAAAGAUUUAUACGCAAGAUUAAAUGAAAUGUGAUUCGCUCGUGAUCGUUACCUAUGAGAUUUUUCGUUUUUCCGGCGAGUCAACUAGGUACCAGCGCGCGUUCAACCGAGACACGCACACGUAUGAUCAUUAUCAGAAUGACGUUUUGCAUUGCAAAAUCUAACUUGCUUGUUUCUUUCAAAACACUGAAAGAUUGUAUGUUAAUACUGAGUGUUCUAAUAUGAUGAGAACAUUCAAGUGAAUGAAAAUCGAGAUUGCGUACAGUGUUCUUAGGAUCACUUUACUUUUCGGAUAAUAACAGGUAUUCUUAUUAAAUGAAAUGAUGUUCGAAAAUAUUAACAAAUAUUGUGUGACGUCUUAUAGAAUGUAAUAUAUGAAAGAAAAAUGCAGAACGUCAUUGGAAGCCUGGAAUCUACAUCUACUUGUACAAUAUACUUAGAUAGCGUAAACUUUAGAAUUGUGUGACGAAACGCGCGUUAACGCAGCGCGCUGCUCUAAUCCUGGUGGGCAUUGUCAACGUCCGAUUAUUGAAGAGACCGAUAUCAAGUCGCUUACCUAUGCGUGUGGCCCGUAGAUGCGACUCUGGUGAAUAAUGCAAGCUUCGAUAUGCGGAUAACGUGUCUACGAAUUGCGUUUGCGUUCAAAGCUGGCGGUGCUUUGAAUUUAAAACUAAAGAUUACCAACAGGAUGACGAGUGGCACUGGACAAUGAGAUGAACUCAGAUUGGAACUGUGAGUCCCUAAUCACGUGAGGAAGUUCUUCCUGUACUAAGGAGGGCGGAUUUAUUCUUCAACGAAAAUAUAUGCGACACAAUUAAAUUGAAGGAACAACAGAUGCAGAAAAAAAUAUGUCUAUCUUUUAGCAACUCUAACUAAGAAUGUAAGAUGUGAUAUUGAAAUAUAUGACAUAGCUUUCUCAUUAAGCAA